CAGAAAUGUCCAAUUAACUUUGACUCAAAUUCAUACAACAGUUCUGCUCAAGAUAAAAAUUGAGAUGACCUAAGUUUGAUCGAUAGUACGUACGGAAAAAGAAACAAAAGCGUUCUCAACUGCCCGUCUUUGUCUGCACGAGCGUCUGGGUCGCGGAGUUCGUACUCCCGAGUCCCUGCUCUUCAAAUCCAAACGAGCCCUUCGUCAUCUUCCCCGUACUUACACUCAAACCCGCUGCUACAAUGUCGAUCAGCAAAGCCUCCAACUCCAAAACCCCUCCGGUGAUCGGCAAAAUGGGCCCUUACACAGUUUUCAUCACCCCGCCGCCGGCCCCGAAGCAGGUCGGGCCGGUCCUUGAUUCGCCGGUGAAGGUCGUCCCUCCUCCGGUUCAGCCGCCGCCUCCCCACCGGUUCGGCAACUCCACCGCUUCUCCGCCUGUGCUUGACUGUGGGUCUGUUCUGGCAUUCUUCAAGAACGCGGCCACUAAGCUGCAAAACGCUCAGUCAAGCUUGGAUAGCCACAUGGCCCGUUGGCUUGGGUUGGACCAGUCGAGGUAUCAGUGGGCGUUGGAAACUUAUUACGAUAACCAAAGAUUAGAAAAGGAAGGUGAGAAUAAAAUGCCAAACAAGUUGCGGAGUGUCUGACGCAUUCUGGCUGAUAUAGAGUCCAAAAGAUGGAUGCGAUUGUGGCUCCCAUCUGUUAUAAUUUUUGGUUCGGGGAUCCUUCUCAAGCAGGAACUGUGCCGAAGUUUUCCUGAGGAUGAGAUCUUCCUCCAAAAAUAAACAUAAGGUUUCCCGAGGUGCAAUAAUUUGGUAACUCUCUGAUGUUCUCGUCGAUUUUUGGUUUAUGGUAUUGCUUGAUGUGAUAUUCGGCGUCAAUUUGACAGCAACGUAUCUGCCUGUAUAAUCCCGGUUUUGCACAUACACAAUGCGGUGCGACAUUGCAUCGGGUGACUGUGAAGAGGAGCUCCCUGUGAUAUUGUGAUUUAGAUGGCUCUUCGUGGAUGGUAAUUUUCUCUGUGAAUUUCGCAGUUCUUCUGACGAUUGGAUAUUUCACAAACCAAGGAGAAUCGCUGUCCGAGUCGAGACAACUACUGGAAAUUACUGCUCGCAUACGCCUUCGAGUCCUCGAUCACGGAAUAGUUUCUAUGCGAGAGAACCAACAAAUGUCCAACAGGACUGGGACCAUUCAUAACUGGGUACAAGGCUUUAUACAUGAUCACAUAGAGAAUGGUUAUUAUCAUCGUUAAAAUAUCCUUGAGCAUCAUCGCUUGUUCUAGGCGAUGGACCCUCAGAAGGGGCGCGAACCCAGUUGCCCCCACGUUCUUGACUGUCGUGGUCGAUAAGAUUCUCGAUGACAUAGAGAAGCCCAUACGGUUCUCUUCCCAACAGCUAACAAUGGCCACCAGUAAUUUCUCGCAUUUACUGGGUGCAGGCAGUUUCGGGGCAGUUUAUAAAGGGACAUUCAUGAACGGGAUGUCAGUGGCCAUCAAAGUACUAAACGGCAGCUCGGACAAGAGGAUUGAAGAUCAGUCUUUGGCCGAAGUGACCACCGUUGGAAGAACACACCAUAUGAAUCUAGUUCAGCUAUAUGGAUUUUGCUUUGACAGAAACUUGAGGGCCCUUGUAUACGAAUUUAUGCAGAAUAGUUCGCUGGACCGACUACUGUUCGGUGCAGAUGAAGAUAUAGAGUGGGACGUCCUGUACAAUAUCGCGAUCGGAACUGGCAAAGGGAUCACCUAUCUACAUGAGGAGUGUCAGCAGAUGAUAAUCCAUUACGACAUAAAGCCGGGGAACAUCCUUCUGGACACGAAUUUCUGCCCCAAGGUAGCAGAUUUCGGGCUAGCCAAGCUCUGCAACAGGGGACAGAUACAUGUGACGAUAAGCGGAGUGAGAGGGACCCCGGGAUAUGCCGCUCCCGAAAUGUGGAUGCCGUUCCCCAUCACCCAGAAGUGCGACGUGUACAGCUUCGGAAUGCUCCUGGUCGAGAUCCUCGGGCGCAGGAGUAACCUCGAUGUGAAUCUUCCUGACAGCCAGGAAUGGUUUCCGAGAUGGGUGUGGAAGAAGCACGAGAUGAAGAGGUUCUCCGAUGUGAUGAUCGUGUGCAGGAUCCAAGAGCAUUGCAGAGACAAGGCUGAGCGGAUGGCGAUGGUCGCUCUAUGGUGCGUGCAGUACAAACAGGCUUCGAGGCCAAGCAUGAACGUCGCCCUGAAGAUGCUGGAAGGCGGAGUAGAAAUCCCAUUGCCCGCCAACCCAUUUCUCCACCUAAUGGAAUCUCCACAGCCGGAAGUUCUAGCAGAAGUAAAAGGAGAAGCGUGCAGCUUCCCACUGCCGGCCAUCAGAAUACUGGCUGAAUCUUCCAAUCCUGGCACGGCUCCUACAAUUUGAUACGAUUCAGUUAAAUGAAAUUUCUUGAUCAAGAUUUAUACGUCUCUGUGCGUCGCAAAGUGCACAACUUUGAGUGACACGCGGCAAUUUUUUGGGUUAACACGUAAAAGACCACUUUUUUCACUCUCAUUUUCAUUCAUAAGUUCAAUCUGUUGACAGCAAGUGCUUUUCUUUUCAUCUUGUAGAGAACGAAGAUAGACAAAAUUUCUUGCUUCUUAGCUU